ACAAUUCUGUUUGGAUAACUGUGGCUGAUUGGCGGCUGGUUGUAAUGUUGUUGUCUGUUGAUAAUGUCGAUAAUGUUAGUAAUGUUCCGUAAUGUGCGCAGCUGUUCAGAUUUUGGACAUCAAUAAAUCGGCCGCAGAGAAAUCUUUUCGUAUACCAGCUGAAUCGAAUAGUCAAAAUAAAAAAAUGCCCAGUAUAACCACAACAAACACUGUUGGUUCGUCAGGAAUUCGUUUGAUGCGAAAAACCUCAUGUGCUGCUGGUGCUACUGGUGGUGGUGCAAAUGAUCAGUCAACUAAUCUUUCAUCUCAGCACAACUCCGACAGAAAAUCAUUAAGAGAUCAACCGAAUGUUGGCAAGUAUAAACUGAUUCGAACACUUGGUCGAGGCAAUUUUGCAAAAGUCAAACUAGCCCAACAUGUUUCAACUGGACGAGAGGUUGCUGUGAAGGUGAUUGAUAAAACUCAAUUAAACCAGGCUAGUUUGAAAAAACUCUUUCGUGAGGUGAACAUUAUGAAAAUGCUGAAUCACCCGAAUAUUGUUCGAUUGUAUGAAGUGAUCGAAUCAGAACGUCAUGUUUAUCUAGUCAUGGAGUAUGCAGAAAAUGGUGAAGUAUUCGAUCAUCUAGUCGCUCAUGGUCGAAUGAAAGAACGGGAGGCAAGAGCUGCAUUUCGACAAAUUGUAUCCGCUGUAGAAUAUUGUCAUCAGAAGAAAAUUGUACACAGAGAUUUGAAGGCUGAAAAUUUGUUAUUCGAUGGUUAUUUCAAUAUAAAGUUAGCUGAUUUUGGUUUUUCCAAUCUUUUUGAUGGUUCAAAAAAGUUGGAUACCUUUUGUGGCAGUCCACCAUAUGCUGCACCGGAAUUAUUUCAAGGACGUAAAUAUGAUGGUCCAGAAGUUGAUGUCUGGUCAUUAGGUGUAAUAUUGUAUACACUUGUUAGUGGAUCACUUCCAUUCGAUGCACAACAUUUAAAAGAUCUACAAGAACGUGUUCUACGUGGAAAGUAUCGUGUUCCAUUCUACAUGUCCACCGACUGUGAAGCUCUGUUACGCAAACUUUUAGUUCUUAAUCCAUCUAAAAGAAUCACGCUAAGAAAUGUUAUGUCUGACAAAUGGUUAAAUAUUGGCUAUGAAGAUAAUAUCUUGAAACCGUAUAUUGAACCACCACCUGAUUAUAAUGAUAAAGAAAGAUUGGAAAUAAUGCGCAUAAUGGGUUAUCGUCCUGAGGAUGUACGUGAAGCUUUGGUGAAACAGAGUUUUAAUAAUGUUACCGCAAUCUAUCUACUAUUAGCUGAUCCUAAAACAAGGUUGACACUGCCUGCGGGUAGUUUAAUAUCAUCUUCUCAGUCACAAUCAUUACGUGGAAAUAAUACACUCAAUCAUCAAUCAUCUGAAGUUGUUGAAGAACAAACUACCUCAUCAUCGAAUGUUAAAUCAUCUUUAGAUAAAACUAACGGUGAUAAUACAACUAACACUAGCAACAGUUCAAAAUCCAAUCAAAAUGGAUUAACUCAGAGUAAAAAAGAAUCUGCACAAGAUACUACCUCUCAAUACAAUGGCGUGAGGCGAACAAGUGGUAUCUCUUGGCUGAAACAGAGCGCUAGCGCUGGUCCAGCCUCCAAUAGACAAGAAAAAUCAAGUGUGGAUGAGAAAUCUCGUAUUCUCCCACGUAUACAUGUAUCAGACCUACGUGAUCGUGGCAAUGAUACUAAUGUAGAUGGUCACGAGAAAAUCGAUGAAAAUAAUGAAAUUGCCGAAUCAUCUGGUGAUCAAUUAAGUGUUCGUCGAAUUAAUACUUUCAGUAUGUCGGAUAAAGUUCGUCCAGCUGGAUCAGAUUCACAAUCACCUAAUCUACAGUGUCCAUUGUCCAGGGCACCACCAAUAUCGAAUAUACCGAACUCUAUCACUGCUAAUACAUCUACAACUAGCAAUGAAAGUUCUCCUAUCAAGCAUUCUAUUAACAACACUUACGGCAUCGGUAGCAGCAGCAGCAACAACAACAACACCAAGUCAUCAAUACCGUCUAAUCAUGACACCAAUCAACUGAAUAAUGAUAAACCAGUACUCUUUGAACAACCGAUGAAAUUAAAUCAGGCUGUUCCAUACACUGAAGAGAAUCCUACCAUCAAUCCUAGCAACUUCAUUGGAUGGUUACGAAGAACACUUCCCCAUCGAAGACGUCCAAAGGAUAAUACAAAAUUAUUGUUAGCCAAUAAUAAAGCUCUUGUGAAUACUGAUCCUAAUUCUAUUAUCGAUGUCUUGGAUCCUAAUGAUCGGCAUAAAAUUCAUCAUAAUGACCCAAAUCGAUCUGGUGUCAGUAAAACUAAAAUCUCAUCAAAUCAGUCUGCAUCAUCAACAUUUACUGACAGUCCUUCUUCAACACUGGGUGCUUCAUCAUCAGGUACAAUGGACUCUACAAAAGUUAGUCAACAACCACAACAACACAAUAAUAAUAAUAAGUCUCCUAAUCAUCAAAUCGGUAUCCCAGAUUCAAUUUUUAAGGCACUUGAUACACCGUUAAAUGUUAAUAAUGAUGAAAAUGAUAAAGUCUGUCCUAAAUCUCCUGUAUUCAAAUUACCCACAAGUACAGCAACCACUACAAGAGAUUCACUCAUCAAGUGGUCAGUACGUCAUCGACCAAAUAAUACAACUUCUACUACUGCUAACAGCAAUAAUAGUAAUAUAACAUCUACAGGAGGUAAACAUCUAUCACCGAUGAUAACGAAGAAGAUUGAUCCUCACCAAGCUUUAAAUCGUUCUUCUGAAUUGAAAAAUUCUUCAGAUUCUUCUAUGACGGUAGAAACUCCAUCUCCUAUUGUGCAGAAAAGUGGUGUAUCUAUGCAAUCUCGUCCAGGACGAUUUUUCCGUAGUCUAACGACUAGAAUUGCUCGAAGUUUUCGAUGUGGUCGUUUUAAGUCAGGUCACACAACUCAUAAUCGAAAUAUCUCUAGUAUGCGAAAAUCCCGGAAUAAUACUAGUAAUAAUCAUAAUAAUAUAAAUUCUAAAUCAGAUAAAACAAGUCUGUUGAAGAGCAAUGAAAAAGAUGAAACAACAGAAGAAUCAGAUUCAUCCAAUAGACAACAUUCAUUACUGUUAUCAUCAUCAUCAACUAGUCAUCCACCGCUUACUUGUCGUCAUCGUCAUCAUCAUGGUCAUUCUGAUGAUGAUGAAGAGGAGGAUGACUACUCAGACAACACUGGUGACGAUGAUGAUACAAUGAAAUGUACUAUUUCACCGAAUCGUGAUCCUUGGAUAACUAUGGAGUCUGAAAAACAACAUAAAAUUUCUGUUGGUGCUGCUGUUCGUUACAAGAAUACUAAUGUAUCAAAAUCGAAAAGAUCAUCAUCAAAUGAAAUAAACGCUUGUGAUGGUGAUAAUAACUCGAAUCAGUUUGUGAAAGGUAAAUCAAAACCGUAUGGUUACGAUUUGUCUUCCAGUAUACCAGUGAAUGACUCUACCAUUGUUGGUAGUGGCAGUGGUGGUGGUAGUAGUCAAAAAAAAACAGUAAUGGAACUUCCAUUAAUCGAUCCAAAAAUUUCACGACCAAUAGUCAUGACUUCAUCCGAUCUGCACAAACAUAAAGCAUCAACUAUAACUACUACAUCAAUUGCACCACAGUUAUCAUCAUCAGCUGCGAUGGCUGCGGUGGUAGCAACAAAAACGACAAAAAAUACAAGAGCCGCUUCAUCCAUGUUUGAAUCAGACUAUUAUUAUGGACAGAAUGAAAGUAAAAAACUAUGGAAACCACGUCGUUUACACUUUGUUCUACGUCUUCCUAUCACUGGUUCUGAUCCACACACUCUACUUAUACAAAUGAUUGAAAUAAUAAAAUCUUAUCAAUGUUCAUAUAAUUUUCUCAGUUCAUAUCGUUUACGUUGUACAAAAUUGACAAAUUCUUAUCAACAUCAUCCUAAAAAUAGCAAUACUUAUGAUAAUAGUUUUGAUAAUAAUAGUGAAAGUAAUCAACAGCAUCAAUCGCCUACAAAUAAUAAUCCUUCACAAUUAGUCAAUUCAUUAAUUUGGGAUUUAGAGAUAUUCCAGUUAGCUAAGCCAAUUGUCUAUGGUGUUCGAUUUAAACGCAUUUCAGGCAAUCGUAAUGCAUUCAAAUCUAUGGUAAAGUAUUUUGUUCAUCAAGCUGACAAUAUAACUUGAAAUAUACUUACACUUAUACAAUAAGUUGAAGUUCAAUAUCCCUUAUUCAAGUGUGUUUUCUUUUUCGCUUCCGUUUUUAAAACAUUCACCUAAUCAUCCUGCGAUCAAUUGAUUGUAUGUUUUCUUAUUCACCUUGUGUUUUGUUUGUUUGUUUUUCAAAUACACUUAUGAUCUCAUAAUUGGCGAAAGAAAUUAUCUUAUUCAGUGAAUAUUGAACUGAAUAACAAAGAUCCAUUCAAUUUGAAUUAUGCUGAUCGUGUUGAUAUCUGUUCUUGGCCUAACACACCUGAAAAGUUUUUACCGUGUUCUUUCUCUGAAUAGAUUUUUAACAACUCUAUAUCACAAAUUAAUAUGCUUGUUUUUCUUUAAUACACAAUAACUAAGCAUUACAACAUGUAUUUGUAUAAUAUAAUUUGUAUGUACUGCCUACUCGCCGCCCCCCCCCCCUGACUCCCAUUUUACCGAAUUAAACAAAGCUUAUUUACUUGUCAUUCAUCCUAUUUGAUGCAGAAAUUUACUUCCUUUGUUUUUUGUCUUCUCUUUAAGUUUGUUUUUAGCUCAUUUAUUUAUCCACAUAUCUGGUUUACUAUGCUAAAACAUACUUAGUUGUAAUUUGCAGAGAAGAGUUUAUGUACUGUUCAUGAUCUCAUACCGUCCCUUCCCUCCCCUUCACACCACUCCACCCUUUAUUCAUCUCAGUUCUUUCUCUAUUUCUUCCUAGCCUCUUUCUGCUUUCUCUUUUAUUUUCUUUCUCAUUUUGAUAUGUAUGACUCUAUGUUGUAGCAUUUCAAGUGCAUACAUUGGCGAUAUAUAUUAUUUCAUGUGUUUAAUGUUCGUCUUCCUUCAAUUUGUUUGCCUUUUUUUUUCAAAUUGAACCAUUUAAACAAUCAUAACCUAUGUGUUAAUAUCAUUUUAAUGACUAGGUUUCUUAUUUGUAAGAAAAUUUGUAUCAAAAUGAAUCCUUUACAUCAAUUCCUCCCCUCUCUCUUCAAGUUGAACCUCAUUUUUAUUAACAUUUGUAAGAUGUACUUACCUUUCGCACCUAGAUCAAUGUUUCGCUUUAUAACAAUUGAUUUUAUUUUAUUUCACUAAGAUUUCUAUAAGAAUACAUCUCUCCUGACACUUGUUAUUGUGUUGUAUUGUGUCUUUUUUUCAUGUGAACUUUUUUUUUCCUUUAUGCUUUGUUUAUUAAUCCUUUUUUAGGUACUUGUGAUCAUUAAACUGCUCAUAUACCCUCUUAAUUUCUUUUGUAAGUACUUACUAACAUACUCUACUCAUAUAAAUGUAUACACACAUAUUUGUGUGUAUUUGCUUAUCUCUAUAAUAAUUGUAUAUGUGUAUGAUGAUGUAUUGUGUUAUGUAAUACGCUAUGUAUUAUGCUGUGCAUCUAUCGUGGUUGUUUUUUUCUUCCGAAUUCAUUCAUAUUUCAAUUGACACUUUCUUUUUGACUUACACCUUUGGGUUUAUGAUUGCUUCUGUGUAUCUGUGUAUACAUGAUUGCUUGUAGGUGCGUAUAUAUAUUAUAUGUAGAACCUUUGAGUACAUUUUCGAAAAUAAUAUAAAAUUCCUUACUGUUAUUCCAUACUUUGCUCAUCAUCAACAUCAAAUUUCAAAUAAAAUGAUCCAAGAAAUCAGUGCUUUUUUCAUUGGAACUAUAUUUCUUCGAUACUAGCAUUUUUUUAAAAUCGACAUUAUAGCUUAUCAUUUCCUCUCCUUAAUUGUAUCGAAUUGGUCGGCCUGUACUUUCAGUUUGAAUAUUAUUGAUGGAUAGUGGUUAGCAGUGGAAUCCAGGACUCACGUUUCAUCCUACUUGCUCCUUAGUGAGCGAUGUCGUUCCCACAUGGACUUGAGCCAGGAACUGAUCGCUUCAAACGCCACAGCGUUAUCCACUAGGACACUGAGUUACUAUAGCCACUUGUUGUGCAGCGAGUAUGGUUUACUUUCUGUUAAUUGUAUUGUCCAAUCGUUGGAACGAAUCGGUCUGUCCGUAUCAGCACAACGGCUCCUGUGCAGAUGCCUAGAUAUUGCUAGUAUUUGCGACUUGAUAUUAAUGAUAGAUAAUGGUUACCAAUGAAAUCCAGGACAUGCGUUUUAUCCUAUUUGGUACGCAUGAGGUAGGUUUACCUGCUUCUCAGUGAGUAAUGGUGUUCCCAUUUGGACCUGAACUCACGACCAGUUACUUCAAAACUCAAAGCGUUAUCUCAUUAGGCUACUGAGUCACGGUAGUCAUUCCUUGUGCGAUGGGUAAAGUAUAGUUAAGUUAUUAUGACUUGUAACAUUAACCGAUCCCUUCAGUCCAAAGAACGAUAAGAAACUACAAGCUGUAAUAACUAUACUAUGCCCAUCGUACAAAGAAUGGCUAUCAUGGCCUCGUGAUGUAACGCUUUGAAGAGACUGAUCGCGGUUUCGGGUCUCAGUGGGAACAACACUCACUGAGAGGGAGGUACAUCCAGCUGACAAGUCCUAAAUGGGACGAAACACACUUCCUGGAUUCCACUGCUAGUCCUUAUCCAUCAUUUUUAUGAACCAAUUUUUUGUGAUAAUGUUCUUGAUAAUUUUCUUUCGUACGUCACAUGUAACUAUGUAGAACUGUUCAGUAUCUAUCAAUA